UGGCAAGAAGAAUCCGAAUCGGCACCCAGUUUUACAUUCCUGUUACGUCCACGCGUUAUGCAGGCUCGUGAUACCUGCAAACUUCUCUGUUGUCUAAGUGGUAAACCAGUACCAACCGUUAAAUGGUACAAGGAUGGUCGCGAGCUAAACAAAUACGAAUAUUCUAUGACGCAUUCUGAUGGUGUAGUUACAAUGGAAAUCAUUGACUGUAAGCCUUCUGACUCCGGUAAAUACACAUGCAAGGCUACAAAUUGCCAUGGUACAGAUGAAACCGAAUGUGUAGUCAUUGUUGAAGGAGAAUGGGUUACACCUGAGCAGGCAGAACUUGCUCAUAAUUUCUUAUAUUCAGGAGAUCGGAAAUAUAUUGAACAUCCUCUAAAACCAGUACCACCACCAAUCAUAACGAGGACACAAUUUAGUUCAGCUUCACAUAAUUCUAACUCAUUUUCUUCAUCCACAACAAGACAGAAUGAAGUUUCGUCGAGCUAUUCAUCGUCCAAUCAAAACUACUCAUCCAGCAGCAGCAACAAGACUGUCAAUAACUCUACAAGUUCCUAUUCGACAACAAAUAACAGCAUUUCGAACAAAAAGAAAUAUGCCGCCAACAGCCUUCAAACUCCCGGAAGUCCCUCCAGAUCGCGUAGUGCCACUAAGGAAUUGAUACUGCCUCCAGAUGAUUCUUUAAUGUGCAAGCCAGAAUUUACCAAGCCCUUACAAGACUUGAGUAUACGCGAUGGUGAUCAAUUGGUAUUGACCUGUCAUGUUAAAGGUGAUCCUGACCCACAAAUUACAUGGUCUAAAAAUGGAAAAUCCAUUGCCUCGUCAGAUAUUAUGGACUUGAAAUAUAAAAAUGGCAUUGCAACACUAACCAUACAUGAAGUAUUCCCCGAAGAUGAAGGGAUUUAUACUUGCACAGCAACCAACUCUAUUAGCGCUGUCGAAACAAAAUGCAAAUUAACUGUUAAACCUUUGGAUAAAAACUCCACCAAACGUUUAAUUAGCAGUGAUAAACCACCAAGAAUUGUUAGUCACUUGGAAUCCCGCUUCGUUAAAGACGGUGAUAUGGUGACAUUGGCGUGUCGUAUUAUUGGAGCUGAAAAUUUCGACGUGGUAUGGUUGCAUAAUAACAAAGAAAUCAAACCCAGCAAAGAUUUCCAAUAUACCAAAGAGGCCAAUAUUUUUAAAUUACAAAUAGCAGAGAUUUUCCCUGAAGAUGCUGGCACUUACACCUGCGAAGCAUUCAAUGACGCUGGCGAAUCAUAUAGCACAUGUACCAUCAAUGUUAUUGUACCAGGUGAAGAGCCAAAACAACCCACUUUCGUCAAAUUCCCCACAUCAGUAACCGUCCAAGAAGGUGAAAACGCAAAAUUCGAAUGUGAAACCCAAGAAGAACCUUUACAAUUGACCUGGCUUAAAGAUGGCAAACAAGUCAACGAAUCUAGUUCACGCUACACCUUUACCAAGGAAGAUGGCAAUCGCUAUACCUUUACCAUAAAGCAAUGUUCCAUAGAUGAUAUAGGUCAAUACCAAGCUAAAUCCAUUGGCAGAAAAGGUGAAACAUUCGCCGCUUUCUCCAUCAAUGUAUUUAGUACCGAAUCAUAAAACAAACGAAAAACGAAUACUUAAUAUUAUUAAAAUUAUUAUUAUUGUAAUAAUUGUAUAUAUACAUAGUUUAACUUUAUUAACAAGAGAACGAAGUAACGGCGCUCGCUAUAAAUCUCUCACGUAUAUAGUUGAAAACCCUACACCCAAUCAUAAUAUACAUAGAUAUGCAUUUCUCUUGUUUACAAAAAAAAACAAAACAAACUCGCUCUCUCACUCUCCCUCUAGAGUUCUCUUUUUGUACUUUACAUACAUAUUUUGAAUUCAUUAGAAUAAAUUUUUUAUAUUAUACUAUGUCAUAAAAUUGAAAAUAUUCAUGUACUUAUUCUGUUGGUUAAUUUUGUAAAGUUUUGUUAUAAAAACACUUAAUUAGUUAUAUCUUUAACUGUUUCAUUUGAUUAUUUUGGUGUUGACAUUUUAUCAAGAGGCAUCCUCAACUAUCAAUAAAGAUACUCUCUCUAUAAUAAAUACUAUAUCUCUCUCUGCGAAAAAGAACAACAAUGAUGCCAAAUCCAAAUAACGAAAUCGAAUUAAACCAAUUAAAGCUAUUAAACUAAUUAAAACUAUUAACGUGUUUUCCAUUUUUUUAAUUACGAAGUUGGUAAUACUCUAUUAAAACGAUUAUUUGUAUCAAUUUGUUUUGAUUUGCGUAUUGCGCAUUAAAAAUAAAAAUUCUUAAUAAAUAUUGAAUAUAAA